AAAAGAAGUAUUUGACAGCCGCAAUUCUUUUUUUUUUGCUAUUCUAGUUUUUUUGUUUUGACUCUACAUGUGGCAUUUGGUGUAAGUGGAAAAGUUUUAAUAAAUUAUAGAAGAUGUCAAGUUUAAAGCGUGAAAUUGAUACAUUACAUGAAUUAGAACAACUGACAGCUGAGCUGCGUGCGCAAAUUGAUGAUACAAAGAACGGUGUCGGUUUGGAGGAACAUGACGAAGGUCUGAUGAAACUGCAGUUGGAAAAUACAAAACUUAAACAUCGUUUAGCUGUAUUGCAAAAUGCUUUGGAAAAUGAGAAAAAAUCCCAAAGUGGUAGUGCUACAAAGACUUUUGUUCCAGCGGUCAUACCAGAACAAAUCAAUGAAAUGAUUUCUAUAAGUGAUCAUUUAUUUGAUUUAUUUACAAAUGCCAUUGCAAAAGCGUAUCCACAAUUAGCCGGUACUGCUGCGAUUAUUUCACCUGUUAACGCUAAUGCUGCCAAGUUUGGUGAUUACCAAUGCAAUAGUGCUAUGUCUCUAGCUAAGACACUAAAAGCAAGUGGCAUUAAUAAGUCACCACGCGAUAUUGCCCAAGAGGUGCUGAAACAAUGUCAAGUUUCACCGGUGGUUGAGAAAAUGGAAGUAGCUGGUGCUGGUUUUAUCAAUGUGUUCCUCAAGAAAACUUAUGCCGUGGAAGCUUUAGCCAACAUGUUGUGUGCCGGUGUUAAGGCUCCCAAGGUUAAACGCCAACGUGUUCUGGUAGAUUUCUCCUCGCCAAAUAUUGCCAAAGAAAUGCAUGUGGGACAUUUGCGUUCCACCAUUAUUGGUGAAUCGAUUUCCCGUUUAUUGGAAUUUAUGGGUCACGAUGUAUUGCGUGUUAAUCAUUUAGGUGAUUGGGGUACACAAUUUGGCAUGUUAAUUGCUCAUUUGGAAGACAGAUUUCCCAAUUUUCUUAAUGAGAGUCCUCCCAUAAGUGAUUUGCAAGCUUUCUACAAAGAGUCCAAAAAGAGGUUUGACGAAGAUGAGGAAUUCAAAAAACGCGCAUAUAAUCGUGUAGUACAGUUACAAAGUGGUGAACCCAAUUCAACUAAAGCCUGGACUUUAAUAUGCGAUGUAUCGCGUCGCGAAUUUCAAAAAAUUUACGAUCGUUUAGAUGUCCAUCUUACCGAAAAGGGUGAAUCAUUUUACCAAAGCCGCAUGGUAGAUGUGGUUAAGUUCUUAGAAUCUAAAAAUCUAUUAGAACUAGAUGAGGGACGUAAAAUUAUGUGGGCUACCGCUGAGAAGGAUUCUAUACCCUUGACUAUUGUAAAAUCAGAUGGCGGUUUCACUUAUGAUACUUCCGAUAUGGCUGCUAUACGCUAUAGAAUCGAAGAAGAAAAAGUUGAAUGGAUAAUCUAUGUAGUAGAUGCUGGACAAAAUACUCAUUUGAAGAAUAUUUACUUGGCUGCCGAAAGAUGCGGUAUUUUAGACCCACAAAAACAUCGUGCCGAUCAUGUGCAAUUCGGUGUAGUGCUGGGAGAAGAUGGUAAGAAAUUCAAGACACGCUCUGGGGAUACUGUAAAAUUAUCCGAUCUCUUGGAUGAGGGCCUAAAGAGAUCAUUGGAUAAACUUCUGGAAAAGGAGCGUGACAAGGUUCUAACUCCCGAAGAGCUUAAGGCUGCCCAAGAAUCCGUAGCCUAUGGUUGCAUUAAAUACGCCGAUUUAAGUCAUAAUCGUACCAAUGAAUAUGUAUUCUCAUUCGAUAAAAUGUUGGAAGAUCGUGGCAAUACUGCUGUUUAUUUACUGUACGCCUACACACGUAUUUGUUCGAUAUCACGCAACAGUGGUGAAGACUUUUCCGAUUUGGCUAAAGUUUUACAAACCAACAAAAUUGUAUUAGAACAUGAGAAGGAGUGGAAAUUGGCAAAAACUUUGCUGAAAUUCCCCGAUAUUUUGGUGAAAAUUUCAAAGGACUUAUUACUGCAUCUACUCUGUGAAUAUUGUUACGAAGUGUGCACUGUAUUUUCGGAAUUCUACGAUAAUUGCUAUUGCAUCGAAAAGAACAAGGAAGGAAAAAUUGUUAAGGUCAAUCGUAGUCGCAUUUUGUUGUGUGAAGCUACUGCUGCUGUAUUGAAACAAUGCUUCAAUAUUUUGGGUUUGAAACCUGUGGCCAAGAUUUAAAAACUUCUUAUAAACUCAACAAACGACAAUGAUCACAUUAUCUUUAACAUUUUCACUUAAAAAUUUUUUUUGUAAAACGAAUAAAAAUAAACUUUAUUUCUUUGAUAUUUAAUAUUGAAGAAAGAAUGUAACCUAAUAAACAUAAA